CACAAAAGAAAUUGCGUUAGAGGAAAAAUCAAUAAUAAAAGUUCUUCAUUCGUUCGCGAAAGUGAACAAAUCGUUGUGAAAAUUGUGGAAAACUAACAAUUAUUGAGUGAAACUAGCAAUAAACUCGUCCAAAAGAUGGCUGAUAACGAACAGAAGGCACUGCAGCUGAUUGCCGAGGCCGAAAAGAAGCUGAACUCGUCGAAAGGUUUUUUCGGAUCACUAUUUGGUGGUGGUUCCAACAAGGUUGAAGAUGCCGUCGAAUGUUACCAACGGGCGGCCAACAUGUUUAAGAUGGCAAAGAAGUGGGCGCAGGCCGGAUCGGCCUUCUGCGAGGCGGCUAACUUGCAUUCCAAGGCUGGCAGCCGUCACGAUGCGGCUACCAACUAUGUCGAUGCGUCGAACUGCUACAAGAAGGUUGAUCCUAACGAAGCCGUUAGCUGCCUGUUGAAGGCGAUCGACAUCUACACCGACAUGGGUCGGUUCACGAUGGCUGCCAAGCACCAUCAGAGUAUCGCCGAAAUGUACGAAAACGAAGCUAACGAUUUGCAACGUGCCGUGCAGCACUACGAACAGGCGGCCGAUUACUUCAAGGGCGAGGAGUCAACCAGCUCGGCCAACAAGUGCAUGCUAAAGGUCGCCCAGUAUGCGGCCCAGCUCGAGGACUACGAGAAAGCCAUCCAGAUCUACGAGCAGGUGGCCGGUUCCUGUCUGGACAGCUCGCUGCUCAAGUACAGUGCCAAGGAGUACUUUUUCCGUGCUGCACUGUGCCACCUGAGCGUCGAUCUGCUGAACGCUCAGCAUGCGCUCGAGAAGUACGCCCAGCAGUAUCCGGCUUUCCAGGACUCGCGGGAGUACAAAUUGGUUAAGACUCUCUGCGAACAUCUGGAGGAGCAAAACGUGGAUGGUUUCACCGAAGCGGUAAAAGAUUACGACAGUAUCUCCCGGCUGGAUCAAUGGUACACUACCAUAUUGCUUAGAAUCAAGAAGCAGGCUAAUGAUAAUCCUGACCUGCGAUAAAUUCUAUUAUCAAGUAAGUAGUAGAUCACUCAACUCCAUCUUCUAUUAUAUCUGUAUCCCAACAAACAAACAAAUUACAUUCGUUUGGUUCGACAUGUUUGCUAUGGUUAAAAUCGCCAAACGAAUAUUGUUCGACGGAUGUGUGCGUGCUUUUAGUAAUCCCAACGGAAGCAGCAGCAAUAGCAGCAAAAAGGCGUCAGAUCGCAAUCUUUUUUAUUCUAGUUUGCGCUAUAUAAUCCAUGAAAAUAUUAUCACUUAUCUUUAGAUUAAGUACAGAAACUUUACAUGAUAAAAAAAAGUUCCGACAGGAAGAAAAAGCGAAACUCACGUUUGUUUUGUUAUUGCGGAACUAUCAUUCCGGUUGAGUUGAUAAAUUAAAACCAUAACGAAAAAUGUUACCGCUGAAAUAAUGUUCUGUUUGUUACGAAAUUUGUUUCUAAUAAAGAUGCUUCAAUAGAAAUACAUCGUGAAAAGGGGAAAUGCUACUGACACAACAAUUAAAAUCAAUUUUAUUCGUUUAGUUUUUACUAGUCAGAAUAUAUGAAGUAGCUAUUACAUGGAAGUAAAACUCUUAACCAAAUAUUCGCCGGGGAGUAAAAUCAAUAAACUGUUACGUUCGUAUUAUAGCGGAAAACUCCUUUUGAAAAUAAAAAAAAAUCACAGGAAAUUCAACCGAAGUUUACCUUAGGAUCAGAAAAAUUAAAUCGCUCUCAAAUGUGUUUGAAAUCAAGAAAACAAAAUAAGCUUCUAAGAUAGUUGAAAAAUCGUGUGACAUCGUAAAUCUCUCGUGCAGAAAAAAAUAUGAAAAAAUCUAUACUCUAAAUACACAGAACACACAAGCCCAAGCGUAUAUACAUAUUGAAUUAACAUAGAAAAUCGUCACAGCUAUUCGUUCAAAUUCAGAAUAGGAAAAAGAAAAACGCAAAAGAACCGAAAGAAAACCUACCCACAUAUUAUUGUAACGAAAAGAAAGAAACAUGAGCAGCGCAUUUAACGAUUUAUCGGAACUGGAGCGAGCGAGCUGUGCACAGUAAAGCAAAUUUACUCAAUCACAACAACACACAAUGGGACAUUUCGCCGUGUGGCCGGCCAACACAACGUGCGUGAGCACUGGUUUUUUUUUUCUUUCGAGCUGUCUCGAGCGAACGCCGGAAAGGAUCGAAACGAUAUACACAUAUACUUGUGCCCAUUUAUAGAGCGCUCUGUGGCGGAAGGCAUAAUACCUAGCUAAAGUAAAUUUGAAAAAGACAAAAAAAAACACAAAAUAAAAUUAAACAGCAAACACUAAAACAAAUUACAUGUUUCCGAAUUGCAAUAAAUAAAGACAACAAGGUACU